UUUUCAUUUUUAGAGUUUCAUAGGACAUGCUGUUUGCCUGUAUCCGGAUGCAUCAUACAAAGACAGCGUACCUGCCGCUGAGGUUAUUGAUCGCAUUCAACUGUACAGCAAAUCUGUGACUCGUUAUGGCAAAUCUCCGUAUGUUUAUCCAUUGUACGGAUUGGGAGAAUUACCCCAGGCCUUCUCGCGUCUCAGCGCUGUUCAUGGUGGAACUUAUAUGUUAAACAAGCCAGUCGACGAAAUUCUUUUCGAGGACGGAAAGGUAGUCGGUCUCCGAUCCGGCGAAGAAACAGUGAGAUGCGGUGCAAUCGUUUGUUCUCCUACUUACGCACCAGAUAACGUACGGAAAACUGGGCAGGUUAUUCGGGCAAUUUGUAUUCUGAAUCACCCGAUAGAGAAAUUGCCAAAUUGUCUCUCGGCACAGAUUAUCAUUCCAUCCUACGAAUGCGGUCGGAAGCACGACAUCUACGUUUCUUAUCUGUCCCACACUCACAUGGUCUGUCCUGAGGGAUUUUUCCUCGUUCUUCUGGCCACUACUGUGGAAACCGACAAGCCGCAUGAUGAAUUGAAACCAGGGAUCGAUCUGCUUGGAACUGUGGACCAAGUGUUCUACUCGGUGGACGACUUGUGGGCACCAGUUGAUGAUGGACGAAACGCCAAGCUGUUUGUUUCCACGAGCUAUGACGCGUCCACUCAUUUUGAAAGUACUUUCAACGAUGUGUUGAGCCUAUAUGAGCGCAUCACCGGCGAAUCGUUCGACCUUGAAAAAGUGCAGCAGGCGAUUGCCAAGGUAAAAGAAUCACUACCGAAGGAUGGGUGACACUGUCUAUCUUCCCCCAAUGAUUGUGGCUUGCUAAUGACAUACUUCCACUUGCAUUCUUACCACUGCUUUGUCACUGUGAUACCCCAAUGGUUUCCGAACUGCUUCUUGACUUCAUCCUCACCUGUGAUGUCUUUGGCUUCUGGUCUUGCAGUAUUUUCGUUCCUUUGGUCUUUUACCAUGUCUUGUCACUUCGCAUAAUGUCUCGCUUUAAUGUUGCCGGCUUUUUCUUCACCUUGGUGCCAUCGAUCGCAUUAUUUACUAUCUGUUUGCCCGCUGCCUUUUUCUAUCAGUUGGGGUUUAAAGGUCGCCAGUCUUUAUAUCACAAGUUUGGAACACACCCUGUAGUGUGCGACAUGCUUUCUAUCUUUGACGACGUUUCUACUCUCACCAAACUAAUAACCGCUCAUGUUAUCUCGCUGAUUGAUUUCGUCCUCAACCCUGCCAAUUAGUGAUAGUCUCGCGUUUAAAUGGUGUCAGUCACGUUAUGACGUCAGUCGUCCAAGAUCAAUCUCCAAGAUCAC